AUGGCUUCCACUGGCACGGUCGUCCCAAGUAAUAGAGAUAGGAGGAGCAGUAGCACAAAUGAAAAUGUAGCGAGUGGAGGGAGGCGUAGCUCCUCAAUUAGCAGCACCGUGGCAAUACGGACCCCCCCUAGUAGCGUCCCCACACUUAGGUCGUCGCUCACCACCACCAACAGCACCACCAGGACCACUAGGAGGGAAUCCACUUCCACGUGUCGCAGCUUGCCGCCCAGUACUCGACUCACAACCUCUCGUCCUUCCACCACAACAGUAAAGACCUCCAGUACUGGUACCGCCACGCCAGGCGCCACCAGUGCAUCAAAAAGCAGCCAUGUAAAGUUGACCAAACCGCGAGUGGUCUCCAACGUCAAGGUCACGAACACCAAGACCAUUACAGCCUUCCUGAGGACAAAGCAGGCAGCACCAAGCAGUAGCACAACACCACCACCACCAUUGACGUCCACCAAACGUAAGUCCUCAACGCCACUCAAUGCCACCACCUAG